CGUCUAGACAUAUUUGACAGCACUCAAGAACUUGAUUUUACUUUUAUUAUAAGUGUUAUAAACAGCUGUUCCAGAAAUCAGAAAUACUUUUUUGUAUUUUUUUGUUGUAAGCUGUGUAAAUUUAUUAUCAUUUAACGGUUAGGUACUCGGCAAUUUUAACACACCUCACCUCGUUUUGACCUGGAAGCGCACUAACUGCUGUCAAAACCCUCCUUUAUUCGCUCAAUUUUGACCUGCCGUGCUGCCCGAAGCGCACUGUAAAAUUUGUCAGCUUCAACCCACUACCGCACGUGCUAAUUUUUCCCGCACACAAUGGAAUAAAGAAAUUCGCUAUUACUUCUUCAAUUCUUGACCGAUUUCGAUCUUGACCCGUCAAAAGAUUGGAAAAUUUGUCUAUUUUUAGUAUACAAGACCUAAAGAGCCAUUGAUCCCAUAUGGUUCCCGUAAAUCCGGAUCUUCGGGACCAUGUUCAAUAUCGGGAAACCGCUCCGAAAUGACCAUUUCAGAUAACUUAUCAGAUAGACUCAAAAUAAAUGGAAAUCAACUCCUGGAGUGCUUUCAUGAAUUUUGAUACCAAUUUCGUUCGGUUUUAUUGACAAUUGUACUACCUCGUCUCAUCGGAACAUGCUCCCGAAGAUCCGGAUUUACAGGAACCAGAUGUGGUCACAGGUUCAUGUCGGUCCCGGAUUCUAAAAGUAGACAAAUUUUCCAAUCUUUUGACAGGCCAAGAUUGAAAAUCGAACAAGAAAUGAAAAAGCAGAAAGCAUUUCAUUUUGUGAGUACCCGGGUACCCUGCCGAGUACUUAUAGCCCCCCCUUCGACCUCCUCUGCUGCUAUAAACAGUCUGAUGAUGGAAAAUGGUUUAUUUCCAGUAGAUAGGAGCUUUUCAUAAGUUUCAACUGGCUGAGUUGAGGUUAUCCUUGUUUUUCAAAGCAAUAAAGUCUGAAAAGGUACCCGGGUACCCUGCCGAGUACAUAACGGUUAAAAAAAAAACAAAUAACAAUAAAGUCAAAUCAAAAUAAAACAGGAAAAAAAAUGAAUGUUGAAAUAGACUAUUUGGAAGUUAAUAUGUGUGCUGUGUGCUUAAAUGAAAAGUGCGACUUAAUUGCUAUUUGUUUCGAUGAAUCCCUGGAUCCUAACAUAGGUUCUGUUUUGUUACAGCACUUAUGGUUUCAGCAUGAAGAUCUGCAAUUCAAGCGUAUUUGUGAAGAUUGUUGGGAGCAAGUGAAGUUAUUUCACAUAUUUUAUUCAACAGUCAAAAAGGUUCAUAACGAGUUAAAGAUUGCAAGAGAUAGCGCAAUGAUCAUCGAGAUUGAAGUUGAACCACAAUUCCUUGAUAAAUCCAAUUAUUGUAUAAAAGACACACCUUUAGAAAAAGACUCCCCUACUACAAUGCACAUGCCUGCUACACAGUUGUUUGAAAACGAUGAUCAGAAAGCGCUCGACAAUGUUGUUCUAGAAGAAGAACACCUGGAGUUAUCAGAGUAUUUAUCAUCAGACUCAGCUACGGACGGAAAGAAAUUAGUGUCCAAGGCGCUCUUAGAAGAAUCAAGAGAAGGAAAUCUGAAACAUCAGGUCAAGCGUAAAUGCAUUGAAAGAAUUAAAAACGAAGAUGCUAAAAUCGCUGAGCACUGCAAUUUACAGUGUGAAGAAUGCGCUUUAUGUUUUGUUAAUUUUCUAGAGUUCAAACGACAUUUUCGUGAAGUACAUCAAACUCGAGCAUUUAUAACGUGUUGCAAUCGAAAAUUUUCCAAACGCUUUCGUUUAGUAGAACAUGUUACACGACAUAUCAACCCAAAUGCUUUCAAAUGUGCAGUUUGCAAUAAAUCAUAUUCCAACAGUGCCGGUCUCAAUCUUCACAUGACACGGCACAAAUCAUCAAAAUCUUUAAUGCAAAAAUGCAACAAAUGUGACCGUUCGUUUGCUAAAAGAUUUCAAUUGAAUGCGCACCAACUGCAGCACUUGCCCGAAGGAGAUAAGAAAAGUAUCUGUACAAUAUGCAACAAACUUUUCGCAAAUAUUAGCAUGCUGAACGUUCACACGAAUUUGAGGCAUAAACCUGUCAAAAUGUUAAUCUGCGAUGUCUGCGCCAAAAGCUUCAAAGUGAGUUCGCAGCUCGAAAAGCACCGCAAAGAACAUGAUAUUGCAUACGCAGAAGUUAGGAUGCAGUGUAAAAUUUGUUCUAAAUGGAUGAAAAAUGCUUGCAGCUUGCGAAAACAUAUACUACGGCACGAUGGAGAAGGAAGUACGCAUGAAUGUAAUAUAUGCGGAAAAAGAGCUCCCAACGUUUUAGCACUGCAAAGUCAUAUUAGUUUUGUUCAUAAAAAAGAAAAACUGUUUCAAUGUAACGUUUGUACAAAGGCAUUUAAAAGACAAUUUUCGUUGGUGGAGCACAUGGCAACCCAUACCGGAGAAGUGCUAUACCAGUGUCCGUUUUGUGUAAAAACGUUCAACUCCUCAGCAAACAUGCAUUCGCAUAAGAAAAAAACACAUCCUCGUGAAUGGGAGGAGUGGAAACGGAAAAGUGAACUACCAUUCAUCGGAAAAAAUUAGCCAUUUUUUCCUAUAGAAGACUGAACCACCGUGACCAUUGAUAGUAGAUCUAUUGUGGUAUGCUCUGCCUUGCUCUAGGUACAUUCAAUUUGGCACAUAACUAUUAUUAAGCUGAUGUCCAAUUUGAUUUGCACAUAUAUCUCAGUCAGGCAACACACUUCGAAUGAAGUAUAAAAUUUAAGAAGGGAUUUCAUUCCAUACGUCGGAAGGACUUAGAAAUCCUUUACCGAAGAUACGCAGUCUGCGGGCAAUUAUGAAAUUGGUCCUACAUCAGUAACAAAGUAAAAGAAAAAUGUAAGAGGAACAAAAAGCAUUUGAUUUGAAAUAUGAUUAUUAUACACGCAAGUGAAAUUUACCUAAUUGGAUUUUUUUUCUCAAUUAUUUUUUGGCACAGAAACACAAUAGUGAAUAUGCUCCGAAGGUGCCUAGAUCAGAAAGCCGGAACUUCAUAGUAACAACAGAAGUAAUAAUAAGAGCAAUAAUAAUUAAAUUUUUAAAUAUAACAGUAGUGACAAAAAUAAAAUAAAAAGGUGCAAAAAAUUUUAAAUUACAAAGGAAAGCACCAAAAUUCAAACAGCGGAAGCAACAAAGGAGGAUUCUUUAAUAAUACUAUAUGACACAAGGUAUAAUCUGGUCAUUUCGUCUUGCUUAUCUUAGUACACACAUUAAAUUAAAUAUUUAAAAUUAAAAAUAAAAGCGCAAUAAAUGAGAAUUGAUUCCAGAAAUAA